AUGAAGGUAAGUGAAAUAAACACAUGGUUGCGAGCUAUAGUGAACAUUUCUAACAAUCCAUUAUCAGCUGAAAAGGUCAUCUUGGAGUAUCUUGAACAACAAUAUCGCCCUUAUACCGUCAAUGAUAUUGUUCAAAAUUUACACGGUGCAAUUGGGAAAUCAGUUGCUCAAAGAGCACUUGAGACAUUAGCUGAAGAAGGGAAGAUUGUUACAAAGCAAUAUGGAAAGAUUACUGUUUCUGUUGCUAAUCAAGUUGAAGUGGUAAAUUUGUCUGAUAUUAUCAAAAUACCAACAGAUGAAGAUCUAGAUAACCAGCUUGAAACGCUAAAAAGAAAUAUUGAGACAUUGAAUCAAAAGAUCGAUUCUGCUAAUGAUACACCAAGUUUAAGUUCAGAAUCUGUUGAAAAGAUCCAAUCAUUAUCUCAAGACGUUACAAAAGAAUCCAAGAAAAGAGUAAAAUUAGUAUGUAUCGUUAUCAAUUUUAAAUUUCAUUAA